AUGUCCAACGCCCUCCUACUCGUCCAAAUGUCCAACCUUCCGGUCGGUCUGGCCUCGGGUCUCAGCUGGUCUCUCGUUGACUACAGGGACAAAGUUCAGGCUCUGGAGCAGCUGAACCUAGAGCUGGAGCAGCGGCUCCGUGCAGAGCUCCAACAGAGAGUUCACAGUGCCACCUCGUGGGGACCACUGAAGGCGGAGUGGGACAAUGUUUACCGCCAGGUCAGUGAGUGGAUCUUGUCAAACGCGAGGCUCAUGUUGGAGACGGAGAACGUCCAGAACAACGCAGAGGACUUCAAAGACAGGUUCGAUUGUGAGUUUCCAUGGCGACAGCAGCUGCAGGACGACAUCAGUGCAUUGCUCAAAGUAACGGAGGAUGCGGCACAGGCGAGACUCGAGCUUCAGCAGCGGAAUGACGAGCUGUGGGCGGAGCUACAGGCACUACAGCUGAAUCAUAAAGAGGUGAGGGCGGAGUUACAGGUGAGGGCGGGGCUAAAGAGGGCGGGAUUACAGGUGAGGCCGAGGCUAAAGAGGGUGGGAUUACAGGUGAGGGCGGGGCUAAAGAGGGUGGGAUUACAGAAUGUCCGUGCUCUCUACCCGCAGCACCUGGAGCAACCCGACUUGGAUCAGACUGACCUGGACCAGAUCCUGGACCACAUACGAACCCAGUGGGAGAGAGUGUGUGAGCAGAACCGAGUCCAGUCCCAGUGUCCAGAGUCCAAGGUCUCAGGUCUCAGCCCACAGCAGGAGCAGAUGGAGCAUUUGAAGUCCGAGGUCCAGGACUCGGUCUCUAAAGUCCAGAGUCUUCAGGCCCAGACAGAGUCUCUGCGAGCACUGAAACGUGCUCUGGAGAACUCCCUCUCCGACACUCGCAGUUUCCAUGAGGUGGAGGUGCAGAACAUCUCUUCCCUCGUGUCUCGUCUAGAGGCAGAGCUAAAGGAGGUGCGAGGAGAUGCAGAGGCUCAACGCAGAGACCUGGACCUGCUCCUCAGCAACAAGGAGAGACUGGAGGAGGAGGUGCUUCUGUAUCAGAGUCUGCUGGAGGACAAGGAGGUGAGAGAGGAGGUAAACCGAGAUGUACUGAAGAAAAAAAAGGAGGUGAGAGAGGAGGAGUACCAGGCUCUGCCGCAGGAGAAGGAGGUAUACCAGGGUUUGCUGGAGGAUAAGGUGGCGGUCUCAGUGGUGCCCCCUUCAGUCCACAGCACAAACAAAUGA